CUGCUCCUGAUGAUGUCCUAAAAUGCGUUCCGUACCCGGGGCUAAAGUGGGGCUGUGCUGAAGACCCGAAGGAGCCGCUCAGAAAAUUGUAUGUGGAGAAGUGCAAAAUUAGGGAUUAUCUGCAAGUUCCACGAUCAGCAAACUCAAUUUCAAGAUGUCACACAAAGCACGACUGGAAUUUUCAUUAGCAGUAUGAAAUUGUCAGACGAUCCCUAACUCUGCAAUCUCGCCCCGCCCCAGUGCUUUUCAGCCAAUGACAGCUUCUCCCUUGCUUAUGUCACUCAGCCUCUGUCCCGCCCCUGUAAGCACACGGUUCCUGUUUGGGCUCUUUUCUCCAUGGCAUAGAGAGAGUGGCAGCAUCCUGGCGCUUGCAGAGAAGCAGAACUUGAGAGAGACAAAGUAGUGCUGUCCUGGUCCUAUGGAGAAUCCAGAGGUACGAGAACCGGGGGAGGGAAUGGGAAGGAAGAAGCAGCCUGAAGUGUCCAUCAUCCUCCCCGUGUACAAUGCCGAGGCCUGGCUCGAUGAGUGCUUGGAGUCUGUCGCACAGCAAGAUUUUGAUGGCUGCUUGGAGGUCUCCAUCUACAAUGAUGCCAGUAAGGAUGGCACUGCUCCGAAAAUAGAAGAUUGGAGAGACAGGUUGGAAAAACAAGGCAUCGCUGUCAUUGUUGGCAGCCAUAGUUCUACCCAGCCAAGAGGAGUUGGCUGUGCAAAGAACCGCGCCAUUCUGCAGAGCUGUGGCCGCUACUUGUGUUUCUUGGAUUCGGACGAUGUCAUGAUGCCACAAAGGAUCAGGAUGCAAUAUGAAGCUGCCCUCCAGAGACCACAGUCUAUUAUUGGAUGUCAGGUACGGAGGAUCCCAGAAGGGGCCACAGAGCGAUAUACAAGAUGGAUUAACAGCCUGACUCAGGAACAGCUGCUCACACAGGUCUAUACCUCCCAUGGACCUACUGUUAUCAUGCCCACUUGGUUCUGCUCCAGGGAGUGGUUCUGCCACGUUGGCCAGUUUGUGGAGGAUGGCAAGGGAUCCCCAGAGGACCUGUUGUUUUUCUAUGAGCACCUUCGGAAAGGAGGCGGGGCUUAUAGAGUGGACAAGGGCCUCCUGUUGUACCGCUAUCAUGAGCAAGCCGCUACCCACUCCGUAUCCGAGGAGACAAUCUGGGUGCACCGAGUGCGGUUCCUGGAGGAGAAGGUCCUCGCACAUUGGCCGUCCUUCACCAUCUGGAAUGCUGGGAAACAAGGUCGGAAAUUGUACCGGAGUCUGACAGAGGCGAAUCGACAGAAGGUCGUGGCAUUUUGUGAUGUUGACAGCAAUAAAAUCUCCAAAGGAUGUUACACCUACGAGGAAUCAAAGGAGAGACCAAAACCAAGGAUUCCAGUAAUCCACUUCCAGGAUGCAAAAGCACCAUUUGUUGUGUGUGUCAAAUUGGACCUGACUGGCGGAGGGUUUGAGGAGAACCUGAAAUCUCUGGAUCUGACGGAAGGAGAAGACUUUUAUCACUUUAACUGAGCAGAUAGAAAACCAACAAGCUGGGCGCACAGGGGCGAGUGGGCGGCCAUAGCGAGUCAGUGAAGUGUCCCCUCCAGCACUGAGGCACAAUGGAAUCAAACACUAUUCCAGGCCGGAACUACUUCCUCUCUAUCAAUGGCUCCUGUAGGGCCCGGGUGGCCCUGUCACGCACACACUUUAACCCUAUCCCUGCCUGAGGACUCUAGCGGCACCUUCCCUGGGGAGAGGUGGUACAUGGUUUAACGUGGUACAGAGUAUAGAAAUCAGCAGGAAGCUGGUUAUGUUUCUGGACAUGUUUUAUUUAGUUUUAUACAAUUGGUACAUGGAAUCGUCUGGAGCAUAAAUACUACAGAGGAGGUUGUGUGCUCAGGUGCAAGUGCAGCACAAGAUAUAGUGUCUCUGCUUAGUGACCCCUGCUGGUCAGACCAGAGCAAUGCAUUUACCUUCCUCUCAUUCACUGCUGGGAACAUUGUUUCACUGCUCUCAGGUUUCUGUUUGUCCAUCUGCUUCUUAGGAAGGAGAUACCUGGAAAAGAGAAAGGGGGGAGACAGCAUGGUUGUGUAAUUGUGUUUUUCUAUGUCAUCGUGUGCUACAAUAAAGGCCGCUAUGGAA